GAUUAGGGCCAACUGUUCCUGAGCUGGAUGUAUCUCAGGUGAAGGUGUUUGACAAGACAAGGUUUUCUAUGUGUAUACCACCAGUAGAAGAGCAACUCAAUAAUUUCAAAGAUGUGAAGUCAGUUAUUCUGUGUGGUCUUGAGACACAAGUGUGCAUACAACAGACCACUCUGGACCUACUAGAAAGAGGCAUCGAUGUCCAUGUGUUGGUAGAUGCUUGCUCUUCUAGGAGUAUGGUUGACAGGAUGUAUGCAUUUGAGAGGAUGAAAGAAGCAGGGGCCUUUCUCACAACUAGUGAAAGUAUGUUACUUGGACUAUGUCAGGAUGCAAAACAUCCAAAGUUCAAACCAAUUCAGAAGUUAAUAUGGGAUGAGUCUCCUGACAGUGGACUAUUAAGUCAUAAGUCAUAG